AUGGUCAGCAUGAUGCAUGGCUUGAAACAACCUUGGAUCUCGGCACCCCAUGAUGACCAUGCUUGCCUUUUGGCCUGUGCAAAUAAAGCAACAUCGGUAUGGCAUGGUCGAUCAUUGAUGGAGUGGAACGGACUGAUCUCGACCUUCUCGACCGAGGUCGAGAAGCGCAAGUCAAGGACUGCACCACGUAUGAAGGGCAAUGUGAGUAGAGAUGGAAUCAUCGAUCAUCGCAGGGCUGUCGGUGAGAAGUUUGAUGUCAUAUCCAAAAAUACUUUGUCGAAGGAGAACCCGCCCAGGUUACCUACUAGUCUAAUAGCUAGAGCGCAACAUCACUUCCUAACUGGCGUAGUUGGUAGCGUACCACUAUGCGAGUCGCCGCGGCUACUUCAAUGGACUACACCCACGGACCAGAUGAGAUUUGCCCGAGGCCGCCAACCAGAAGCACGGCAACAUACUGGCAAUUGA